GGGCGUGGGGCUCUGUAAUGUGAAGGAUGAGAGAUGUGUCGCCAACUUCCCUCACGUUUAAGGAACUUGCAGACGCACGCUGCUCUUUUACAACUCCACAUUGACCCAAAUCGAAAACAUAACGCAGAGUUUAGAAUAUGUAACAAAACUCUGCCAACCAAGGCCACGUUCAAAAUACAUCGUUCUAGCAUCACCAUUUGACCUUAUCUGGACUCCCCAAGUAUCCCAUCAUGCCUUUGAUGGUCAUCCCCACCUCUCAGCUUCUGUGGUUCCGAUUGGCCGCAUUGGUCUUCACCUGCGUAGCCUUCAGUGUGGUUAGCAGCGGGGGGUACCUGCCCCACGAGGGCUUAGCCGACUGGUGCAUCUUCUGUUGGGCCUUCAGCUUCACCUGUACCGCCAUUGUGCUCCUGGUGGAAAUUUUUGGUCUCCAAUCCCGCGUCUUCGUCUCUUGGAGCAACUUCCCCAUCACUGUUGCCAGUUAUGCCGCCCUCCUCUGCCUCUCCGCAUCAAUAGUUUUUCCUUUAAACUAUUUAAAGGGCAACAACAACCGCAGUGAAGUAAGGGACCAUCGCAUCGUUUCGACCGUCUUCUCUUGCCUGGCUACGGUGGCGUACAUGGGUGAGGUUAGCUUGUCCAAAGCUAGACCAGGAGAGGUGACUGGCUACAUGGCUACCUCCCCAGGACUGUUAAAAGUUUGCCAGACAUUUGUCGCUUGUGUGAUUUUCAUUUACGUCAGCAGCCCGGUAUCAUACGACCAUCACCCUGGAACGAGAUGGUGCAUGGCUGUGUACUGCAUCUGCUUCAUCCUCUCCAUGUUAAUAGUGGUGUUAUGCGUUGGGGAGCUCACCGGAUACCUUCCUAUACCGUUUUCAAAGUUUCUGUCCAUUUAUGGGAUCCUGGCUGUCCUCAUGUACUUAUCAGCGACCAUAGUUUGGCCAGUGUUUCAGUUUGAUAAGCGGACCCCACCCGGGAGCUACAGGUCCAAUCUGAUCACUGUGUCUGUGCUCACUGCCCUCAACUUACUGCUAUAUAUUGCUGACCUCGUUUACUCCGCCAGGCUAGUUUUUGUGAAAGCCUGAAACUUGUAAUCAAAUCAACCUGCAAAAAUAGAUAAAAGUGCCUAGUUACUGUAAUAAUGUGAUAUGGUCAAAUGGCAAACACUGUCUACAAUUAUUUAAAAGCUUCAUCCACGUGUUUUUAUAUAAUGUAUUUGAGCGAAAAUGGUCCCAGUAUAUAUAUUGUAUAAGCAGUUCCUGAGGUCAAAAUAAGAUAUGCCGUUGAUCUGGAAGUGCGCGUUAGCAUGCUAGUUGUUGUUAGCUUUACCGUGAUGCCAAGAGAGUUGUGGAAAGCACUUAUAAACUCAGCGUGGUGAAUAAUUAGGAUGCUCUGAAUGCUUAGGGUAAGUGAAAUUUAACUUGUGAUCUCUGCAAAAUGUUUAACUAGUUCUGACAUCUGCCUUAAAAUCCUGGUUUUAAUCCUGAGACAUCUAGAAACGUGUUCUGAAAUGCGUGUAUUAGUUCAUCAGUUCAUACUUCAGUUUUCUCUCAAAUGGCCGUGUACAAAAUGUGAAAGAGAAUUCCACUAUUAAAACAUAAAUAACAAAUAUAAUCACAAUGCUUGCCAGAAAAGUAGAUGCUAGAUACAGUUGUGGAAUGUAACAAAGCAAAAGUAUUGUAAGUACUGUACUUAAGUAUGCAUUUUAGCUAAGUACUUUAAUACUUUUAGUUAAGUAAAUUUUUUCUGGUAGAUUGUCUGCCACCUGCUUGACUGCAUGCUUGACUUCAUAUAGAUGUUUAAGAUUUUUCCUGGAAUUUUCUACAGUAUGGCCUUCAAUUUAACUAUUACCAUGGAGACAAGUAGACCACAUCACCAGGCCAGGUUACAGGUCAGAUCUGGGGAGAAGUGGGCCCGCUCAGAGUAAGAAUGCAUGUCUUUGUGGUGGCUUUGAGAAAUAAAAACACCUGUAAAUGAAUAAAUACAAGAUUAGUUUAAUGCCAUACUGCAGAAUAUCCCAGGCAAAAUACUGACAUCACCAUGACACAAGCAGAGGGUGGAUUCUCAACCAAAAAAUUUACACAGUGCACCUUUAAGUAACAAAAUUUAGUACUUUUUCCAUCACGGGUUAGAUAUUGUUCCAUAAUUGUUCAGCUCAUACUAUUUUGCAACUUAACCAUAAAGAUCCUUUGUAAAUAAAUAGCCACAUAAAUGCCACAUCAUCAUCUAUGAAUUAACUAUGAAAUGUGAACAAAAGCCUACCCAUGAAACAGUCCACCCAUUUGCAAUAUAAAAUGCGUAGAGUGAUGCAGAUGGGAAUGUGUCAUCUCUAAAACCUUAACUGCCUCUCUAUAUUUUUGUACAGAGGGAUAUCAGUCUCGUCCCAACGCCCUCCUUCGCGCCUCAAGCCAGAACCAAACACGAUCGUCCAAUCAGAUUAGGUUUUUUCAGUGACGCAUAUGAAACAAAGUAGCUCAUUGGUCACCACCUACUUCUCUCACCUCACAUUAACAGAGUGUACUGCUUCGCUCAUUGACUCUGCAGACAUCCACAAUGUUUUUUUCAGUUUACUGUGAAAUGUUUUUGCUUUAUUUUAUCUUGUGAACAGUCAUAUUUGUUUUGAUAUGGAUGGAUCAUGUGUGUCUCUGAUUGGCUAAUCCACCUGUCAAUCACCAACAUCUGAAAACAGGGAGAUUCAAGGGGACCAGACUCACAUCUUUGUAAAGUAUUGUGUAUUAUGGACCCCAGGCAACAGUAUUAAAAGGUACACUCUGCAACUUUUCUAUGGAGGGUCUGCCACCUGCUUGUCUCCAUACAUAUUAUCAUAUUAUAUUAUUAUUAUUGGUAUAUGUGUAAUAUUCCACAGUUUAGUGUAGUUCUGAUCUGAGAACUAAUGUUUUUAAAGGGCUAAUAUAGAGCUAUUUUCUGAUCUAUGUUAUAAUGUUGUUUCCUUAUCAAAAACAUACUUGGAGUUUUGUUUUGUUUCAUUCACACAUAAACGCAUACAUUUCAUUUAACACACAAAUGCUGCAUAUCUCUAACAGAAAAUACUCUGUUCCACUUUGUGAUGUCAUGUGGCGAUACAGAAAGUUCUCCACUGUGUUUUUAAACUCCAUACACCUUAAUUUUGGACUAUUUCAAGCCUGGAGUUUCCAAUCUUUACUGAACUAAAGGUAAAAGGUAGCUGAAAACUACCAUCACCAUGACAUCACAAGGUGGAGCAGAGCAUUUAGAGCUUUGGAGAUGUAGACAGACCAAUAAAAACGUGUUACUCAAACAUGUGUGAAUGAAACAAAACACAACUCCAGGUCUGUUUCUGAUGAGGUGACAGCAUUAUAAAGCUCACAAGAAUCCAUUUUGUGUAAUGUAAGACCUUUAAGAUGUUUUUGAGCAAUAAAAACAAAUGCAAUAUUGGUGACGAGUUGGUGACAGACCCUCUACCACAAAAGUUACAUAGUCCAUCUUUAAAGUACCAUUUUUUUUAUUUUAUUUUUUUAUAAUGUGUGUCAAGUGAAAGUGCACUGCAGGAUUCUUUGUCACAAGAUGCUUUCAAAAUAAAAUGCUUCUGUUCA